AUGUUCAUCCAGAAAGGCUCCGCUGCUGACGAGGAACUGGACAACAUGCUGAAGGACUGGUGGACAACUGAAUCCUUCGGAGCCAAGUAUGAAAGGAUAGUCUUCGAUGCGGCAGCCAGAUCGUACGGAACAUCGCUGAAUGACAAGCUCCUGACCGGACCAGACCUGCUGAAGAACCUCACCGGCGUCCUGCUCCGUUUCCGAGAAGAAAAAGUCGGCAUGGUAGCAGACAUCCAAGAAAUGUACCACCAGGUCCGUGUCAUCGAGAAGGACCGACCUGCGCUCAGCUUCCUGUGGCGCGACCUGGAUCAAACUAGAGAACCAGACAUCUACGAGAUGCAGGUGACCAUCUUCGGCGCCAAAUCGUCUCCAGCGUCUGCCAACUACGUCCUCCAAAGAACAGUCGCGGACCAUGGAGAAGACUGCGGGCUGCCAAAGAAGGCCGUGGAAACUGUGAAGAACAGUUUCUACAUGGACGACUUCUUACGAUCAGAAGAACAUGAAGAUGAUGCGUUGAAGACGACGAAGCAGGUGACAGAGACACUCUCCCGAGGCGGCUUCCAUCUAUCCAAGUGGGUAAGCAACUCGCGGCGCGUCCUGGAGAGCAUUCCCCGAGAGAAGCGCGCCCAGCCGGAACUAGACCUCACAGAAGCGGAGCUGCCCACACAAGGUGCCUUGGGAGUGGUCUGGGAUGCUGAAAAGGACAGUCUGAGCUUCAGAUUCCGAGACUCAAGCGUCCCGAUGACAAAGUGGGGAGUCCUCCAAAGGACUGCGUCGAUCUUCGAUCCUCUGGGGAUCGCCGCGCCCUUCGUCAUCAGAGCCAAAAUGUUCAUGCAGCAGCUCUGGACCAAGCAACUGGACUGGGACGACGAGCUGGAUCACAGCACGCAUCACUGCUCGUUCAUCAUGAGCAAGACACGAGUUGCACCGCUGAAGAGACUGUCGAUCGUCAGACUGGAGCUGCAGGCAGCAGUGCUCGCAGUGCGCUUGGUGGACGCGCUCCAAAAGGAGAUACCAGAUCAAGUCAAGAAGGUCACCUACUGGAGCGACAGCCGGGUCGUCCUGCAGUACAUCAGCAACGAGAGCAGACGAUUCCAUACAUUCGUCUCAAACAGAGUGGCAGAAAUCCACGACCUGUCAGACAAGGGUCAGUGGCGGCACUGCCCAGGACGACUCAACCCAGCCGAUCUGUGCUCCAGGGGUGAGACAGUGAAGGAGCUCGCCGACAACCCUCUCUGGCUAUCCGGCCCAGACUUCCUCCGAGGCGACGAAGAAGGGUGGCCAGAGCAGCUUCACGUUCAGAAGCUGGCUGAAGAAGACGUAGAAGUGAAAGUUGGAGCCUUCGUCACAGUCACGGUGAGGGAUCCAAAGGCAGCACUGCCGACACCGAGCAAAUUCUCGUCUUGGACAAAAUACAAGCGCACGGUGGCCUGGAUCCUGCGCUUCCUCCGCAACUCGAAGCUGAAAGGCGAGCAGAAGCGACAGCGAAACCUAGGCCCACUGACCGUGUCAGAGCUCCAUGACGCGGAGAAGACCAUCCUCCAGAUGGUGCAGGCGGAGGCCUACAGGACCGAGCUGCAGCAGUUACAGGCGGGUCAGCAGCUCAACAAGAAGAGCGGCAUCGCCGACCUCUUCGUGGGGAUCGACUAUUUCGGACCGCUCACAGUCAGGCGGUUCCGAAAGACGGAAAAGAGGUACGGCCUGCUGGUGACAUGUCUGGACACGCGAGCCAUUCAUCUGGAAGUGUCCAACAGCCUGGAUACUGACAGCUUCCUGAUGGCUUUCCGACGGUUCGUGGCACGCCGAGGUCGUCCAAAGAAGGUUUUCUCCGACAACGGAACAAACCUGAAAAGCGGUGAACGUGAACUCCGGGAGGCACUGACGCAGUGGAACCAGCAGAAGAUCUCUGACGAGCUGAGCCAGCAGCAGAUCGAAUGGUGUUUCAACCCACCAGCCGCGAGCCACAUGGGCGGCAUAUGGGAAAGAAUGAUCGGCGCAGUCAAGAGAGCGCUAUCGGUCGUGCUCGGCGGCGAGGUGACAACAGACGAGGUGCUGUCAACUGCCUUCUGCGAAAUAGAGAACAUGAUCAACAGUAGACCGCUGACACACGUCACAGACGAUCCAUCUCAUUAG